UUUUGGAGCCCUCUAGGUAAUUUGCAUGCCGAGGGGAGAUGAGACUUUGUUUGGAAUCCAUUCAAGUCAUCUGUGCAGCACCGUGAGACUAAUUGCCUGUCUGAUGAACUAGUCUACCUGUGAUGGUGCAAAUUGGAGUGCAGAGAUUCGCUGUUGUGCCGUGAACUUCUGCUGCCAUCGCGCCUGCUUUCCUGAGCCAUCAUUCACCAUGCGAGACAUCCGCGAGGCACGAUGACAGCUGACAAGGAGAAGAGAAGAGCGAUCAGCCGUGAGGCGGCCCGAAGGAGACGGCGAGUGGAGUCUGACGUCUUUGGGGAUUUGUCUCGCCUCCUGCCGCUGCAGCCCUCCGUCAGAGCUCACCUGGAUAAGCCCUCCGUCAUUCGCCUGACCCUCAGCUACAUACGCAUGCACACACUGCUCAAAGAAAAUAAUGGGAUAAAUGCUGGGAGUAGGCACAUGAUAACAUAUCAGCAAGUGGUGGAAGGUAGAGAUGAACAGAGCGGCUGUGACGGAGCACGGGAUGAAGAGGAGAAAGACACAGAGGAAUUUGAAGCCUCGCAGGAGACAAACAUGUACCUGGGGAUCUUGGAGGGAUUUGUCAUGGUCUUGUCCACUGAGGGAGACAUGAUCUUCCUGUCUGACAAUGUCAGCAAGUACAUGGGCUUGACUCAGACUGAGUUGAUGGGACACAACAUUUUUGAAUACACUCAUCCCUGUGACCAUGAAGAAAUCAGAAGUAAUUUGCGUCUAACAGCAGAGGAAGUUUGGUACGGUGAGAAGAGGGACUUUGUCAUGAGGAUAAAAAGUGCUCUGACUCACAGAGGAAGAACUGCCAACCUGAAGUCGGCUACUUGGAAGGUUCUGCACUGUCAGGGCCGAGCAAAGGUGUGCGUGAACCCGUCUGCAGUUUCCUGUCUGCUCCUGACCUGUCGGCCUCUGCCUCUCUCACACACCCUCCUCAGCAGAUACACCUUCACCAGCCAGCACAGCAUGGACAUGAGGUUUACCUAUUGUGACCAGAGAGUGACUUCUCUUUUGGGCUACAGACCUGAGGAGCUGCUGGGCCGCUCCAUCUAUGAUCUCUGUCACACACUGGACACAAGCUGUUUGAACAAAAAUCAUCUAAACCUGUGUCUGAAGAACCAGUCAGUCAGCGGUCAGUACAGGAUGCUGGUGAAAGGUGGAGGUUACGUCUGGGUGGAGAGUCACAGUGCUGUCAUCCCCAGCGUCCGACCCUCCAGGUCCAGACCUGGCAUCCCCCAGCCGCUCUGCAUCCUCAGCGUUACCUACGUCCUCAGUGGUGUGGAGCAGCCAUCUCUGCAGCUCUCUCUGGACCAGACUAUCCACAGAUAUUUGAAUUGAAAUCGAGAUCUGAAGAGAGGUCUGCGAAACCCUCCGUCCUUCUGGGAACCCUCGUCGAUUAUUCCAAUUAAUCAAAUUUCAUUAAAUUUUUGACUUUUUAAAUCAAA